CGUCAGCGAAACUUACUGCGCCACGAAACGGUUAACGGCACCUUUGAACCCCGCGUUACCUGGUACUUGGUACCUCUUCGUUUCUCCAAUUGGGCCACACAUUCUAUGCACAUUCUAUGCCCCGCCGAUUUCUUAGUGGCUGAAGCUUCCUUUCAAUUGGGACUUUUCUUUUUCUUUUCUUUUUAUCGGCGUCGCAACACCUUCCAACUUACCUAGGUAAACAUCCACUCUUUAUAACGUGGUAGGUGAUCAUUCUCUUCUCCAUAUUAUGGCUUAGCUAGGCCAAGACAUGUUCGAUCCUCGUUUCUUGAUUGUCAGCUUGGGCAACCAAGCACCAUACUACGAAUGCCUCCACUCCGCCGGUCAUUUCGCACUCGUUUCGGCGCAAAGAUUAAUCGGCGCAUCCCAACCUCCCUUCGCGUCUGAACGAUAUGGCCGGAAAGCAUGCCUCGCCUCACCCAGCCAUACCUAUACCAUGGUGCAAAGCCCAACCUUGAUGAAUGUCUCUGGUCCUUGGGUUGCCAAGGCUUGGAAGGAAAUGCUGGAGAAUCACCAAUUGAAGCCAAGCGAGCUUAGUUUAGUAGUAGUUCACGACGAUCUCGAAGAGGAGUUAGGUCACGUCCGAAUACGAAAGUGGAACGCAAGCCACCGAGGUCACAAUGGUAUCAAAAGCAUCAAUUCGAGUCUCAGAAUCGGCGACUUCCCCGGAACGCAUUGGUCACGCAUCUCAAUUGGAAUUGGCCGCCCCGAGGCGAGAGAUCAAGCGUCGGUUUCCGAUUAUGUAUUAAGAAAGAUGACGAGAUACCAAAGGGACAUUAUUGAUAAAAAGGCCGGUCCAGGUGUGCUUAAUUGCUUACACCUGUUACAAGAUGACUGGGAAGAAAGAUACUCCAAGGAAGCUUCAAAGUCGUGAAACUCUCGGACAACAACAUAACGUGUCGCUUCCGAUUCCUUCACGAUACCCUAUAUGCAAUGAAACUGGAAUUAUUAAACCAAAUUCCAUAAUCGUAUGUUUUACACCACCUCUAGGUGGUUAGAGGUUGACAAGCUCACCAGGGAUAAUUC